UAUCAACUGUCAGAACUCAUCCACAGUGUCCAGUUAUAAAAUGUCCACACUGACCAUACGUGGUCACUGGGCUUUAACAAACUCGGACAUCAUGUACAAGAUUUAUACAACGUUUGCUGUGAUGCUGUUGUUGGCUUCUACAGUAACCUCUGAUCAGGAAGAUGAUGAUGAAGGCAGAUCAUGCUGGCUCGAAAAAUAUUACGAAGGAAAAUGGAACAGAGUCGUCGGAGAUAAGAUUUCAGAUGAUCAUAUAUUGAUAGAGGAUGAUGAGAUGGACGUCACUAUAGACGGGACAACACAGAGAUUCGACUGUAUAGAUGGGGAUACAUCGGGCUACAACAACCUCAUGUUGUCUUCUAAUGGAACCUCCUACCUUUGUCUUGUCUUCAAAUUCCGAGAGGAUUCCCCCGGGGUAGAUUAUUCCUUGUUAACAAACAAUGGUAACUUCGAAGGUCUGAGUCCAUUACCAGAAAUACUCACGUUUGACGCCGCAUGCGGGAACUUUACAGAUGGAUCCGUAGCAAUGGAUUUACAGAGAGACUACACCGAUACAGCGUUGCUUCAAGACUUUUGGGCAGUCUAACACCAUUAAGGCUGCUUAUAGUAUUUGGAAAAUAUUAACUUUUAAAUAAGUGUAUCAUAAAAUUAAUGUUUAUACAAGAUUUUGCAAUAAAGACUUACUCGUCACUGAA